UUGCUGGGAAACCAAAAGGCGUCAAACUGAAGUUGAUUCCGAGCCGGAGUUGCUCCGUCUCCGAAAUCAUUGGAUAACAGAGCGAGACGCUGAACGAAUUGAGAAAAUGAGAAGAGCCGCUUCGAUCGCUUCAUCUUUUUUCUCGUUAGAGUUAGCUCCUCGAACCUUGAAGUCUCGCAUCAAUGCGGUUCGCCCCUACUCUGAUCCGUCCUAUAUAUCUUCUCUUAAGCCUUCAGGACCACUCACACAGUACAGGAAUCAAGUUCAACAAGGGAAGCUACAACAUGAUCCUUACCAGGAAACGGUUGCUUUGGAAUUAGAGAGGUUACUUGGGAGGCUGGACCAGUAUGAAAAAGACAUGAAGGAAUAUCAUGUAAACCUGGCUAAUUGGGAGAAGGGCAGGGAGGAUGAGCGUCGAAAACUCUUGAUGGAGGAAGCUGAGUUGAAGCAGCAGGGAGGCAUGUGGGAUUCAGUUAACAAGCAUCGAAGUAAAUUUGUUGAAAGAUGGAUGUUCAGGAAAAAAACUGAAAAUGUAGAAUCGGGAGUGGGGAAAUGGGUUUCAUAUCUCAACCGAGAGAAGAAGCUAGAUUCUCUUGUUGGUCGCCGUCCAACUGCUCCUCCUGCCCCAAAAGGACUAUAUGUAUAUGGCAAUGUUGGAACCGGGAAGACAAUGCUUAUGGAUAUGUUUUAUAGUGCAACUGAUGGAGUUGUUAAACAUCGAAGAAGGUAUCACUUUCAUGAGGCAAUGCUUAAAAUUAAUGAACAUAUGCAUAAGAUAUGGAAGAGCCAGGUGGAGGAAAAGUCUUUGCAGUCUAGUGUUUCUAGUUGGAUUAUGAAUCUUCCAUUUGAUACAAAAGUUAAGGAAUGGUUGGCUGCAGAAGAAAGAUACAAGCAAGACAUACAGAUGAAAAAUAUUCUCCCUGCUGUAGCAGACAAGUUUCUCAUUGACCAGCGAUCAGAUCAAAGAGGAGCUAGCAUUCUAUGCUUUGAUGAAAUACAGACGGUUGAUGUAUUUGCUAUUGUGGCCUUAUCUGGAAUUAUGAGCAGAUUGUUGAGCACUGGAACUGUUCUUGUGGCCACCAGUAACCGAGCACCAAAUGACUUAAAUCAGGAUGGUAUGCAGAGGGAGAUAUUCCUUAAAUUUUUAGCCAAAUUGGAAAAGCAUUGUGAGAUUGUUCUGAUAGGAAGUGAGAUUGAUUAUCGCCGUCUUAUAGCACAAAGAUCUAUUGAUCAGGCUCACUACUUCUGGCCCCUAAAUAGCAUUGCUGUAAAUAAGUUUGAGAAAAUAUGGUGUGAAGUCACCAACCAUUUGGGAGGACAAAUUUUGACAGAUACUAUUCCUGUGAUGUUUGGCAGAACAUUGGAGGUUCCUAAAUGCUGUGAGGGAGUGGCAAGGUUCACAUUUGAGUAUCUCUGUGGUCAGCCGGUAGGUGCUGCGGAUUAUAUUGCAGUAGCAGAGAAUUAUCAUACCAUCUUCAUAUCUGACAUUCCGAAUAUGAGCAUGCGAAUCCGUGACAAGGCACGGCGGUUUAUCACGCUCAUUGAUGAGUUAUACAAUCAUCACUGCCGCCUAUUUUGUUUAGCAGCUUCUUCAAUUGAUGAAUUAUUUCAAGGUACCGAAGAGGGUACACUUUUUGAUUUGGAGAGUUUCCAGUUUGAAACAGAGAUAGAAGGCGGGAAACUUCGCAGAGAUGUUUUAGCAGAAGGCAAUGUGAGCUCAGGAGGUACCCCGUCCGGUAUUAUAUCAAUGCAAUCCGGCCAAGAAGAGAUGUUUGCUUUUCGCCGAGCAGUCUCUCGCUUGAUCGAAAUGCAGACGUCUUUAUAUUUGGAGGGAGUCCCUACUCUUCAUCCAUAUUACCGGAGACCACACCAGGAAUAUGAAAAUAACUGCACAAACAGUAGUACCUUUACCUUAUAGUCAUCAGUCUCUUGCCUUCAUCAUCCGGAUCAGUAUCUUUAUUUCAACUUAGCUAGGCUGGACUUUCCUAUUUUGUCAUAAACAUAUAUAUAUAUAUAUAUAUAUAUAUAUAAUAACGAAGGAAAACCCUUUCUAUCAAAAGAACAAAAAAAAAAAAGGUCAUUAGAAUAAUGGAUAGGAUGGUGUAAGAAUAAUUGUGUCUUGUCAUGGCACAAGUGCCCUGUUCUUGGCCCUUGAAGGUAGCUUGCAUGGAUCAUGGAUCAGUGAGUCAAUCUUUUUGUU